AUGACAUUGUCUAUUGAAUUCAUUAUACUAUUUCUGUUAUCUAUUCCGUUCGUCUUUGGACAAUAUCCAUUACCACCCGAUCCGCCGCUGCUACCCAUACCACCUACAGCGUAUCUUCAUGGGUCUACUAUAAUAUUUACUCAGCGUGCAUUACAAUUAGCUCCGUCAAUUUUUCAUAAGUUUAUUGAUGAUGGAAUACAAUAUAUUCGGGAUCAAUUAAAUCAAAUACCUGAUCAAAAUCGACGAGGUGAUUGUUGUGAUUCUCUUCAUGCUGAAGAUUGGUAUAUAAAUUUUUCACGUUGA